AUGAGUAAUCAUAGUGGUGAUGAAGAAGAACUAUCUCAGGAUGAAGAAGAAAAUCUUCCACAAAAUGAAGUAGAUUUCAAUGAGCAACAACAAAAUGCGUUUGUCACAGAUGAUACAUAUGUUCAUUCAUCAACUCAUCAACAGUAUGACGAUAUUGAACCAAUUGAAGCUCGGCCACCCAAUGAAAUUGAUACUGAUGAACAAACAACACAUCAAUCUGGUAUACCAGCUUUUCGUACACUUGAUGAGUUAUUCAAAGAAGGAACAAUUACUGGUACACAAAUGGCAUUACUUAAAUCGAGAUAUGUUGACUUGCAGAAUGCUUUAGCACAAUCACGUGAAGCGGAAAAUCGAUUACGACAUGAAGAACAUGGAUAUUUAGCUCAGAUUGAAAAACAAAAACGUGUUUUAGAAGAAGGUGAAUCGUUUCCCGAUAAGAUUACAAAUGAAAUUCAACAAAGACGAAAAGAUUUACUUAAAUAUACGAAUGAUUUAGCAUGUACUGAAGAACGUUUAUUUGAUAUGGAUUAUAAAAUAAAAGCUUUGGAAGAAGAUAAACGUUCGUUAGAAAAUGAAAAAGCUCGAAUACCAAAUCAACAUGAAAUUGAUGAAAAAAUGAAAACUUUACGUCAAGAAUGUGAUGAUUUAAGACGACAAAUUGCUCAGAAAAAAUCAGAAAUUAAAGAUCAAAAUGUUUUAUUAGGAGAUAAAAGAAAAAAAUUUGGUAAUACAACUAAACAACAUGAAGAACUUAUGAAUACAAUUCAGAUAUUAGAAGCUGAACAUCUUCAAGUAACACGUCGACCAGGUGAAUUACUUAAAAUAAUUGAUGGUCUUAAUCUUCAACGAGAUCAAACUGACCAAGAGGCUGAAGAACUCGAAGCAAAAAUUAAAGAACAAGAUGGCAAUCUUCUACAACUUUUAGAUGAUAUCAACAAAAUGAAAAAUUUAACAUCAAAAGAAAUCAAAUCAGUUGAUCUACAAAAUCAACAAAAUGAAAGAUUAAAUGAUGAAAUUAGAAAUGUAUUAAAUUUAAUUGCAUUUGAAGAUGCAAAAUUAAUUAAAGGACAAAUAGACGAACGUCAAUCAACAGAAGCUGUUAAAAGUACAGUACAAAUGACAAAACAAAUUCGUGAACAACAUGCAAAAGUUCAAAAACAAAAAGAAAGAUUAUUAAGAGAAUUAAAACGUGUUGAAAAUCAAUAUAAUAUCGCAAAUGAUGAAUUAGGAAGUAUGCGUAUGACAAUAGAUAAAUUAAAUCUUCAACGAACAGCAUUACCAGUGGAUGAUCCUGCACCUAAACAGGCAGCAGAGCAUUUAAAAGAAGAAAUUCAUGAUAUACGAGAAGAUGCUGAAAAACACGAAAAAGAAUUACUUGUUAAACAAAGUACAUUAACAACUGCACAAAAAGAUCAACAAGAAGUACAAUUAAGACAAGAUAAUUGUCGUCGUGAUGCUAUAUCAAUGGCACAUUUUGCAUCCGUUGUUUCCAAUGAACGUGAACAAAAAUGUCGUGAAAAAAUGAAAGCAAAACAUCGUUUAGAAUCUGUUAUAGAAGAUUUACAGCGAAAAAAUGGUGAAAUUUAUGAACAUAAAAAACGUAUUGAUGAUUUAGAAAUUCAAAAAAAAGAAUCCGCAGGAAUGUAUGAAAUAGUUAAAGGUGAACGUAAUAAAUGUGUCAAUGCAAUACAAGUUAAUACACAAAAAUCAAAUGAAAUGAAAGAAAAAACUAAAUUACUUGAAAAUGAAAUUGAAAUUUUACGAACAAAAUUAAUUAUUUUAGAAAAAGAUGUACAAAAGAAAAAACUACUUGUUGCUGGAUCAAUUGUUGAACGUGAUAGAGAAAAACAUAAAGUUGAAAAACAACGUAUUUAUUUAACUGAACUUACUGCACAAGGAAAACAACAAACAUCAGAAAAUGUAAAUUACAGUAAUUUAAUUGCAUUGGUUGAAAAAGAAUUAGGCCAAUUAAGAAAAGAUUAUGAUACAUCGGUUCUAGACAGAAAUGAACGAAGUGUACAACUUGUUGAAAGAUAUAAUGAAGAAGUUGUUUUUCAAGAAAAAGUUAAUGUACAAGAUACAAAAUUAAAGAAUGCUUAUGUUGAAUUACGAAGUCGAGAUGAUGAAAUUCGAAUAUUAGAAUUACAAAUUCAAGAAGAAAAACGUGAUAUCGCCAUAUCGAAAAAGAAAUUACCUAUUAAAAGAUCAUUGAAUGAAGAACUUAAAUUAUAUAGAAUAUGUCUUGAAGCAUGUCAAGAACGUUUAGUUGAACUUGAAAAAAUGCUUGAAAAUCCAAAUGAUCCAGCACGUGUACGUUUUCUUGAUGGUGUUGAUGAAUCACCUGCAUCGAUCAUGAAAAAACUUGAACAACUUGAACAACGUUUAUCAAUAAAAGAAGAACAAUCACUUGAAAAAGAUCUUAUUCUUGAACAAGUCCAUCGAUUAAUUGAACGUUUAUCAACAAAAGCUGAUGCUGGAAAAGAUGAUACAUUAGCAUUAGCAAAAAAAGUCAAUGAUUUACAAAGUAAAAUUAAAGAUAUCACACGUAAAAUGAUGGCAACUUUAUCUGAAUUAACUAUACAUCAAUCGGAUGCAUUAAAAUUACAACAAGAAAAAAAUGUCAAAGAUGUUGAACUACAACAAUUUUAUGCACGAAUGGAACAAGGAGAACCUCCAAGUGAAGAACUUGAACAAGAGUGGCAACGUACAAAUGAAAUUGAAUAUAGACGAAAAAUGGAACGAAGAAUUCGUGAAGAUCAAGAACGUGAAACUGAACAUCAUUUGUUACCAGGCGGCGUAAUGACACAUGCUCAACCACGUCCUCAAGCUUAUGCUCCAAGUGAUGAUGCAGAAAUUCAAAUAUCUAAGCCAUAUGGUUCACGUGCGCCAUUUAAACCAAGUGAACCCGGUGCUAAUAUGCGUCACAUUCGAAAACCAAAUCCAAAACCAAUUGAAAUUUAA